CUCAUGGUUGUUCCUCAAUACUCAUUCUACAUCAAUCAUUUCUUAAUUUUUAUACUUGUUUUUUUUGUUUCAAAAAUCUCUGAUCAAUCAUGUCUUGCUGUGGAGGAAACUGUGGUUGUGGAUCUGGAUGCAAGUGCGGCAACGGCUGUGGAGGAUGUAAGAUGUACCCAGACAUGAGUUACAUCGAGAGCAGCACAACAACCGAAACUUUGGUGUUUGGGGUGGGACCUGAGAAGACAAGCUUCGGCGCCAUGGAGAUGGGUGAAACCCCUGUUGCUGAGAAUGGCUGCAAAUGUGGAUCUGACUGCAAGUGUGACCCUUGCACUUGUAACAAGUGAACAAACUAGUACUUAAACAGAGCAGAGAUCAUGGUGUUAUAGCCUUUUAUGGCUGAAGAAAAUAGUUUUAAAAUGUGUGUCCUAGUUUUAUAGUUGUGUCUCGUCUGUUGAAACGGGGGGAAAUUAUCCUCUAAUAAGAAAUAGUAGAUGGAAGUGUUUGUAAGUAACCAGUAAUGUGGUUUGUGUAACAUGAGCAUCUCUGCUUCUGGUAAUUUUUACAAAUAAGUUUGGAAGUGUAGUGUUGUGGUUUCAACUA